AUGGAACUGGAAAGGGAAAAAUCUUCAAAAUCUUCACAUAAAAAGGAUAUUCAAGACAAUAAUGAUGUACAACUCGGUAGGACGUCGAUCACUCGCGAGCGUGACGAAAGCAGUGGUACUAGAAGAGAUGCUGGUGCUCCUGCACUUAUUGACCACCACGAGGACGACGGCCCCCAGCACCUGCACAAGCGGUUUUUAUUUCCGCAGCAUCAACUACAUCACGAGCCUCAAAACCAGCAGCAUCGCUUCCAUGAUGUUGAUCUCCUCGUGCCGGCCAACAUCCUGUUUUUCUUCGCGCGGGUCCACGAUGACCCGUUCUACCAGGUGCAGGAGCAGUUCGACCCGGCCACGCAGCAGGCUAAAACCAGUUUUUUCCAGCUUCUCGAAACGGGCCUGAACUUGUUGUUUGAGAGACAGCGGAAACAAACCCUGAUCGCGGACGUUUUUGAGGACCUGCAGCACGCAACGUGGUGCCUAAGUUGGAGCAGCUCCAGCAAGGCCGCGGCGCUCGGGAUCGGCAUUGGAUCUGACGCGGAGAUGGACCUGUUGCACGCGGUAGCGCUGGAUGAUGAGGACCUUAGGGAUAGUACCAGUGAGGAGGAAGCAGAAGUAGAUAACAAGUCGUGCAGCGGAGGUCCCGCUGCACACACUGGGAGG